GUAUUCGGACACUUUGGUUCUUUUCCUUAGUCUCAUUUGCAAACCGGCAGGAUGACUUCAAAAUCUUUAAAACAAAAGAAUCUUACGAAAGAAGAAGAGCUUCUGCUGCAGGAUUUCAGCAGAAAUGUUACUACUAAGUCAUCUGCGCUGUUCUAUGGAAAUGCAUUGAUUGUAUCAGCUAUUCCAAUUUGGUUAUUCUGGCGCAUCCACCAGAUGGACCUGUACCAGUCUGGUAUCCUGUUUGUUGUAGGCACCCUCAUCAGCACUUACCUUGUCGCCUUUGCAUACAAAAACGUCAAGUUUGUUCUCAAACACAAGAUUGCACAGAAGAGAGAAGAUGCAGUGGCCAGGGAAGUGAUGAAGAAAGUGGCAGAUGACAAAAAGAUGAACAAGAAAGAAAAGGAUGAGAGGAUUUUGUGGAAGAAGAAUGAGGUAGCUGACUACGAGGCAACAACGUUCUCCAUUUUUUACAACAACGCAUUCUUCCUGGUGUUGUUGAUCAUCACAUCAUUCUACAUCCUAAGAAAUUUCAACCCGAAUGUCAACUACGUGUUCUCCGUAGGAGGCGCAGCUGGACUUUUAGCCCUGUUUUCUACAAGUACCAAGUGAGCAACAGAUGGUGCAGAACUUUGUGAAGGGAUUGUCUCCCUUUGGUGUAACAGUCACAAACUGAGUUACUUCCCUUCUAUUGAAGAAAUUUACAAGAUUCAUUUGAUUAAAGUUGAUAAAAUUUGUGUCAAAUAUGAAGAUAUACAGUUUAUAAUUGAAUGUUUCCAAAGAGUUUUGUAAGUGCUUGAUAAACAUGACAUGUCUGUGUUGAAUGGGUAUUGGUAAUGUCACUAUUUUAUAUAAGAUUAGAAAUAAAUUUUAAGAAAUUC